AAAGCAGCAUUACCAUGCUCCAAAGAAAGGAAUCUGUCAGCCAUGUAAGUUCCAAAGCUGGAGUGGAGACACCCAUCUGCAUCCUCUCCCAAGAACCACAGCUCCUCAUUCUGCAACUGAAGUCCAAUGGCUUUGGUGGAGCUGAAGGUCGGCAUGCACUGUGAGGAGUGCAUCAAAGCAAUCAAGAAGGCCAUCAAGAAAAUUGAGGAUGUUGAGACAUACAGGCUUGACGCAGAGCUGAACAAGAUCACUGUGACUGGAAAUGUUACAUCAGAAGAAGUCAUCAGGGUUCUGCAGAAGAUUGGAAAGAGUGCCACUUCUUGGAGUGAAGAAUAAGAAAUGAAGGUCCUGGCAGUAACAAGAUGCCUGUAUCUAAUCACAACACUCACCUAAUAAAUGGAAACUCCCUGCUUUCAUGUUCUACCUGUUUAAAUUCUUAAAUCUUGUGACUUAGCAACACCAAUUAGCUUAUGCAAAUUAAUUGCGUCCAUCAGUGAAAGUACUGACUUUUGUUGGGACUUUAGAAUUUGUGAUUUCUCUGUGGCUCCACAAGUGACAUCUGAAAUAAAUUUCUCUAUGAUUGUUUUU